GCACAGAGGGCGCUGUUCAGAUGACGUGUGCAAACGUGACGUCCAUGCACGGUUUUCACAGAGCUACGAUUGUUGUUCAAUUAUUUGGAAUAACGCGUAAUCCAUCCUUCGUUAUUGUACUUCACUCUAAACUAUCCACUGAACUCCAACGACGAACUCUAUUCGCUCAUCUCGAAUGACUCGAUUUUUCCGUUAAACAUUUUUUAUUGAGCUGCAGUCGUUCACUUCCUGUUCUAUUUGAACACUUGCAUUAUGGAGACAUCCGUUUUGGGGCGAAAUGUGCGGAGAUCGCAGUUGUCAAUGGGAUUCGAGACGUGACAUCGACAGCUGACGCAUCACAAUUGUUUGAAUAUCGAGGGACAGGGGGUGUCAUGGAUAACCUUGCACAACAAGCUGACGAGGUAGAGGCACUUGUGGCUAUUUACGGUGAUGAACUCGUGGUGGAGGAUGAGGAGAACCGCGCGUACAGCAUCAAUAUCGAGGAGGGCGGGUGGACCGUAAAACUUUAUCUGAAGCUGCCUAUUGAUUAUCCGUUGUCUGUGCCACCUGUCUAUGAAGUCUCUGCACCCCAUCUGAGGCAGGAGCACAAGAUCAGGAUCUGUCGGAUUCUGGACGAGGUAUACUUGGAUUACGUAGGUCAAAAUGUUAUCUACCAGUGGGUUGAGAGAAUUCGUGAAGAAUUGCAGAAUUUGAAUCUACAGAAAGAGGAGGAAUCUCACGAAGAAGGCGAAGAAGGUAGAGAGGAAAAUGAUCUGGUGACAGACGUGGUGCCUGCCCCUGUGGAGGAAACAUGUCCAGAAAUUUAUCACGGAGAAGUUGUUGUGGACAGAAAGAGUUUCUUUCAGGGUCACACAGCUAGAGUAACAUCAGUUGCUCAAGUGAAAUUAGUGCUCAAAAAACUUAUGGAAAACCGUAAGAUAGACCAGGCAACCCACAACAUGUACGCCUACCGAAUCCAUCAAGAGAAAACCAACAACUACCUCCAGGACUGUGAGGAUGACGGUGAGAACCAGGCUGGGGGUAGACUCCUCCACCUCCUCCAGAUCCUCGACACCAAAAACGUCCUAGUAGUUGUGUCACGAUGGUACGGGGGCAUUCACCUCGGACCAGACCGCUUUCGACACAUCAACAACGCAGCACGUCUAGUCUUAGAGGCUGCGAGUUUCAUCAAUCGUAAUAAAGACAAAAAAUGAUAAAGAUUGUACAUUAAUCAUGUAAAUAACAGACGGUUUUUAACAACGUU